AUGGGGUGGAGACGAUGGGGUCGGUCCAUGGAUUUUCCUUUUUCUUCACAUUUCACUAAAGGUUUGAAGGGGGAUAGUGCAUCAAGCUAUUCGCAAGGGCCAACUUCAUCCUCUUCCCUAAGGAUCCCAAAUAAGGGAACCCUAGGAGAGUCGUUGACUCCAACUAUUAUCCAUGUACGAUCCAUACUAGAUCCGACCAACUGCCCAUCCUACCUCCUCUACGUUCUUGACGGCCUAUCUUUGUAUCGGUAG